AUGGGAGAGCUUACUUACUUUCUUGGUCUUCAAGUCAAGAGCGCUAAAAAUGGAAUUUUCAUUCACCAAUCCAAGUAUUGUACUCAUUUGUUGAAGAAAUUCAGAAUGUUGGGCUGCAAGGAGGCAGCAACUCCCAUGGCAACAAAUUGCUACCUGGAUCUUGAUAAAGCUGGUAAAGACGUUGAUCAAAAGAUGUACAGAGAGGCUCAGGAGAAAGUUACUAACCCGCUUUUCGAGAAACGUCCGAAGCAGUUCGGAAUCGGAGGAGUGUUGCCGCCGAAGAGAGACUUGACUCGGUUCGUCAAGUGGCCCAAGACCGUUCAAAUUCAGAGGAAGAAAAGGAUUCUGAAGCAGAGGUUGAAGGUUCCUCUAGCUUUGAACCAUAUUACGAAGACACUCAACAAAAACCUAGGUCAGACAAAUUUCUAUAGUGUUGGAUCUGAUAUAAAUAUUGUUGUUAUGUGA